GGAGGCUGAGACAAGACUCGACUGCGCCUGCGGAGACUGUCCUACACUAAUACGCAUGCUCGACUCUUGCUAGGCGCUGCAUGUGGUUGACUGGGUAACAGGAAGUAUGAGUGAGAAGCGAUUUAAACAGACGGGCUUUAAUUAUUGGAUCUAACUGAGUUAAUGGAUGCUUAUGGCUGUAGAAGCAACUCCGAAACAGCAAGAAUGGAUGCGGGGAGUGUGGUGAAGUUUGCAACGUUCUCAAGGGCUCUUACACUGCUGCUGCAGGCUGUGUUUAAUUCUCUGAUUCCGGACCAUGUGCCCGAUGCAUUCAGUCCUCCCCAUGUUGCAGAGCCGAAAUGCUGGGACUCGCUGGUAGAAGUUAUAUUUGGGGGCCUUUCCCGCUGGGACGCAGAACACUUUCUGUUCAUAGCUGAACGCGGCUAUAUCUAUGAACACAAUUUUGCCUUCUUCCCUCUGCUUCCUCUGAGCCUGCGUGCCGUUGCAGCCACUGUCUUCUGGCCUUUGGGAGGAUUGUUGAAUUUCCGAAGUCGUCUGCUGCUGUCUGCUGUGUUAAUAAACUCUCUCCUGUUCGUCCUCAAUGCUGUCACUUUGUACAGCCUGGGCAGGUUGGUGCUCGGGGACUGCAGGCUGGCCUAUUACUCCAGUCUGCUGUACUGUAUCACUCCUGCUAAUGUCUUCAUGACAGCCGCCUAUUCCGAGAGCCUGUUUGCUUUCUUUGCGUUCGGAGCAAUGUGGCUGCUGGAGAAAGGACAGGUGCUAACAAGCUGUUUUGUGUUUGCCCUCGCGACCGCCACCCGCUCCAAUGGAAUUGUAAAUGUUGGAUUCCUGUUUUACAUUCAGUUACAACGCUGCAUUUUACAGGCCAGAGUGGUUGGCAGAACUGGGGUAAAGCUGACUACGUUUUUAAGUUAUGCUCGGAUUUCUUUUCAGUUUGUGUUCUCUGUGGCUGUAGGGACCACCGUCGUUCUCCUGCCUUUUGGUCUGUUUCAGUAUUAUGGCUAUCUGACGUUUUGUAAACCCACGAUGAAACCAGAACUUCUCUCAAAUGCUUUACUUGAGCUGUCUCAGAAGAAAGGCUACCGGGUCCCUGAUAUGACCAGAGACUUGCCAAGCUGGUGUUUUCAACAGUACCCGCUUCUAUACUCUUACAUACAGGAUGUCUACUGGAACGUGGGGUUCCUCAGGUACUUCAAGCUCAGGCAGGUGCCAAACUUCCUCCUUGCGCUGCCUGUCACAGUGCUGGGCUCUGCGGCUGCCUGGCAGUACUGUACUGCUAACCCCUGGUUUUGCUUGCAGCUAGGGCUUGUCGAUGGGAAACAGAAGGAUCAGAGAGGAGAAAACCCUGACUUCAAAGGAUCUGACAAGCCUGACUCAGGAUUUUAUAGUCCCAAGGUGUUUGUGUACUUAGUACAUGCAAGCGUGCUCUUAGCUUUUGGGGUCUUUUGUAUGCAUGUUCAGGUUCUAACUAGAUUCCUCGCUUCCUCUUCUCCCGUUCUGUACUGGUUCAGCGCCCAUCUUCUUCAGAAACAUGAACCCUUGUAUAGCGCCGAGAAAGCUACUUCUUCAACACAGAGCUGCACCCACCGUGCUGCCUGCAAGACUGGCUCAGAGUGGAGGAUCCUUCCCCAGAAUCCACUCUCUGAGCUGCUGUGGAACUGGGCACACUGCUGCGCUGUCACCAAGUGUCUUCUGGGGUGGUACUUAUCCUAUUGGGUCCUGGGACUUCUACUGCACUGCAACUGCCUGCCGUGGACAUGAAGGGAGUCAUUACA